AUGACGAACCUCACACUUUAUACAAUCCACGCUAUUUUGAUUUUGGAUUCAACAGGGAAUCGCCUGUUUGCUAAGUAUUGUCAAUCUCCUCAUGAAAUUCCGCAAAUUGGAUAUGUUCAUCCAAAUCUUUAUCCAACAGUAAAGGAACAACGAAUAUUUGAGAAAGGACUUUGGGAGAAAACAAAGAAGACUAAUAAUGAUGUGAUUUUAUAUGAAAACCGUACAGUUGUAUAUAAAUUAUCAGUAGAUGUUAUGAUAUAUGUGGUUGGAGGACAGGAUGAGAAUGAAUUGAUGCUAUAUGAAGUGUUGACGACAUUGAAAGAAACAUUGGAGAUGCUUCUUAAAAUGCUUAUUGAUAAACAUGCACUGCUUGAAAACUAUGAUUUACUUUCUCUUGCAGUGAACGAGAUAUGUGAUAACGGAAUUAUUGUAGAAACAGAACCAUCUGUUAUUGUUUCGCGUAUUUCACGGCCGUCGUUUUCUGAUGGGAUUGUCCAGGUUGAUUUAAGUGAAAAAGGGCUUAUGAACGCCUAUCAAAUGGCUAAAGAGAAACUAGCAGAACGUAUUUUGAAAGGAAAUAUUUAG